AGGGUAUCUGAUAAAAAAUUGUUAGCUCGAUUGAUAAAUAGAUAAUGUACUAUUUGAGGUUGCAGCUUGCAGGUUAAGACUCUCUCUUUUAGUUGGUGUGUGUCGGUUGAUGAUGCAAGUGUAUUUGUUGUGAAACAUUUUGUAUGAAAUCCUUUAAACGUACUUACGGGGAAACAAAACUACACCCCAAAUGGCGUUGCGGGAUUCUGGUCGUUUAUUAAGUUCACUGAUUCAUUUAAAUCAAAUGAUCCAGAAUAUAGAGGGAUCAAUGUGAUUUUAAUAAAUUACAAACGAUAAUGGAGCUCAAGGUGUGGGUCGAAGGUAUACAACGCAUCGUUUGCGGUGUUACUGAAACCACAACUUGCCAGGAUGUAGUUUACGCACUUGCACAUGCUACUGCUCAAACAGGCAGGUUCACUUUGAUAGAGCGUUGGAGAAACAAUGAUCGACUACUUGCACCAUAUGAGAAUCCUCUAAAGAUAUUAAUGAAGUGGGGUGAAUAUGCAUCAGAAGUUCAGUUAAUACUUAAAAAAUCAAAUCCUGAAGGCAGUAAAGGUGCAGGGCCAUCUAACUCUCGCUCUAUAUAUAGUAAUCGUGCAAAUGGAAUGCAAAAUCCUCUUGCUGAGCAUUUAAUUAAUAGUAGUAGUUUAUCCGAGAGUAUAAAAGGAAGCCCAACAAUUGGAUCAGAUUUUGAUGAUGUUCAUAGUGGUCUAGAAAGAAAUCGUGAUAUUAGGAAAUCCUUAACUUUUAGUGGACUUCAUGGAAAUAUGAGUGAUCUUAGUCCAGAGGUUCAAAUGGAAAAUGUUGCCAUAGUUCAGCCAACGCCACAGUUGAAAUCAAAAGAAUUUAGUGCAAGAAAAACUUCUCAAAGGCUUGCUCAAUCUCCUACUAGAUCUGCUAAUAUUGAUGCAACGAAUAUUUAUGUGUCACAAAAGAAAAUACGCGAAGUGCCUCCUUAUAGAGAUCCACCAGGACCAGUUUCACCACCACAGAGAACUCUUCCUCCAUAUAGAGAUCCUCCACCUCCUAAUAUAAAUAGCCCAGGAAGAUCGCAGUACUUACCAAAUACUAGCGGUAGUCCUCAUUUUUAUAAAGAACAGACAUCACCUAAUAAUGCUGCUAAAACAAAAAGAAAUCUCAUACAGGAAUUUCAAGAAUCAAAAGGACAGAAUCAGACUGUAAGUCCUGUUGCAGGACAGGGACAAAACAUGGUAACAGUGGCAUAUACACAGAGAUAUGUUGAGCUGAUAAGACUAGUCAAUAAGCAAAGGGAUACUAUUAAUGCUCAACAAGCAGAUCUGACCAAAUAUGACGCUGAAAUUUUAUAUUGGGAAACUAAAAAUAGAGAACAAAUGCAUCAAAUGGAUUUUAUAUCUCAAGAAGUCAGCAGACUUGAAUCAACUAAUAAAGCUAUUGAAGAGCAGUUGAAAGACUUGACUCAUGUAGAAGAAGAGAGUGAAAUCGUUAGACAACAAGAAAAAACGCUAAAGUCUGAAAUAACACUUUUAAGAUCGAAGCUUGCCAAUUGCGAAACGGAGUUACUUCAGUGUAAAAAUAAAAUUAGGCUCGUAAUGGAGGAACUGACAAUGGAGCAGCACAAUAUCAAUCGUGAAGCUGAUGAACAUCAGAUGAUGGAAAGGAAAAUCGUAAAUGAAAUGGAACAUCUUCAAAAUGAAUUAGAGCAAGUUAAGCGUACAUCAGAAUUAGCCAAUCAAUGUGCGGAAUCAUUGAAGCUAGAAGUUGUAAAUAUAGAAUCUGCAAUUGUAGAGAAAAAAUUACAAGUUGAGAAGCUUGUAGCUGAUAUGAAGGAGGCAAACUUACAAAGUUUAACCGCUCCUUGCCAAGAUGAACAAGACAAACAUUUACUUGAAGGAGUACAUAAGCCUGGAAGUACAAGAAAAAUGAUCGGUUCUCCUAGACAGCUAGAAAAUGCGGUGCCUACAAGUAAAAACCCCCACGGUGUAUGGGUUUAAUCAAUUUUAAAUGAUCUCUAUAAAUUUAUACAUAAUCAUAUAGUAUGUGAAUUAGUUGACUAGUUACUUAAAUGUUGAAUCUUAGAAUAUUCAAUCAAUAAUGAACGUUAAAGAUCGAGUCAAAUUAGGAUACGUCUUUUAUUUUUAAAGUGAACUAUUUUUUAUUUUGUGUAACGAUUGGGAAAUUUAUACACGUAGUAUUAUUUGAUUUUCUAGGUAAAUUAUAAACACAUACUGCCAUAAAAUGUUACUAAAUUUGCAUUAAAAAGGAAAAUCUUAUUUAUAGUUUAUUAUCAUCUAUGUAUUGCCCAAGCCAUAAUGGUAAUUGACCGCGAUUUGUUAUAAAUGAAGCAUUUAUCUUUAUAACUCUUUUAUUAUUAUUAAUGCUCGUUUACCAAAGUGUUAUAAAUUUUAUGUAAAGUAAUUCACGUGUAAAUUACACAUAUCUUCAGAAUAAUCUAUUGUUCAAAAAAUAAAAAAAUAAAAAUAU